AUGUCCAACAAGGGCCACGAGCUUUGGACGAAUCGCGAGAAGGUCGACCUUCUUGUGAAUGUCCUUCAAAGUCACCACGGCCCAGAUCUAGUCCCAUACUUGGUACACUUGGUGCAAGAGAAUAGAAUUGUGCAACCACAAUGGAUCGACAUUCCCUUACCAGAGGGUCGCUCAAUGCGCGCCAGCCAGGACAUGUUCGGUACUCUGAUGCAGAAUCCUCGAGCCCAGGCUCCGUACCCCCAAAGUGCAACUCUCGCCUCCCCGUACCCCCCUACAAUUCCUCAAACACGAAUCUUCACCGAACCCGCACAAUUACAACACAUCCCCCGUGCCAUCCAGCCACGGCCUUCUCGCUCAACGGACUCACCAGCCCCUGCAUCCACCAACGGCGAGGGACUCACGAUCGUACGGACUGUGGGUCCUGAGUUUGGGGUCGAGAAGCGCAAGAAACGCGGUCGGCCUACGAAAGAAGAAGCAGAGGAACGUGACCGCCUGCUGGCCGCCGAAGGCAAAGUCUACGAGCCAAAGAAAAGACCUUCCAAGAAAUUUCGCGCAUCAACCGGCACGCCGGUACCAGUAGGAGGUGAAUCAUCCAAUCUCUCUCCUUCUGCACAAACACCAGCGAGAACGAUUGAAUCGAAGGAAGAUUCGUCGAGUGGUAAAAGGCGGCUACGACGUCAAGCCAGCCAAAUUUCAGUUCAGCCUCCUCCGCACCCAAUGUCUCCACGUACGCGACCGAGCGAUGAUCCCGAGCGCUCAGCGGAGAGCCCCUCGGAUCGCCUUCUAGCGAGACUGGGCAAUCGAGGCGGCGGCGAACGCAUACCUCUGACAGCCGAACCUGCCAUUAAAAUCCAGCCACCUCCGACAACGUCUGGCGUUUGA